UAAAUUAUGGAAAUUGGAUAUUAUGAUGACGACCAGUUUUUCACUGACCAAUUUUCGGAAGAGGAAAUUUGUGAACAAAUUCAGACUGCAAAAGAGUUGUACAGAGCUCUUAACAGUAUUAUCAAGUGCUUGCUCUCAGAAGUCAUCGCAUUACAAGAUAAAACCCUCACAAAUUCGGUUUGCAUGAAAAUACUUGAAUUAAAGUUCGACUUAAAGAUUAUCAAUGAUUUUCAGUAUUACCUAUACAUUUCAUCAAACUUCUUUGACAUGAUUGAGUUGCCGGAAGUGAACUGGACAGAGCAAAAUGAGAUCAUAAUAACCUACGAAGUGACUGCAAAGCUACCUGAAAUAUUUUGGAAUCAUUUUGAACAAAAACUGGAAACUCUGCUAAUAAUUUAUCCAUUCGUUAACUUCAAGUUCAAAGUUACUAAAUAUCAUGAUACUUUCACUCAGGAUAUUUUCUGACUUGAAGUCGAAGCAAAUAAAUCUUUGAUAAACCUUGAUAAAGAAAACAUCCAUCAGAGAAUCUUUGGGCAUGUUGCUGACUUCCUGGAGCUUGAAGACGGAAGUCAUCACUACACACAGAAAUUAGGUGACAAUUACUCGCUGACAGUUUUCCUUGGUACUCAGAAAUAUAAGAAGAAAAGUGGAGCUCAAGGACGAUUAUCUGUCACUGAAUUUUUCUACGAUUCUAUUCUUUAUGAAUAUCCCAGAAUGUCUUUGUUCGAUGAUAUCGGCAUGCCAAGCUUGAAGUUCAUCCUCAAUAAGAGAAAGAUCAAGAAGAUAAAGAAUGUUACUGACAAAAGUGACACAUGACUUUCUUACAGUUUUGACUACAACUCAGAAGAGUUUAAUUAUGAUAUCUAUAUUAUGGUGUUUUAUAAUUUCGAGCCUGACCCACAAGAAGAGCAAAAGCCACAGACUCAAUCUAAAGAAAUUUCAGAAACUGAGUUGUUUGAAGAAGGUAUUAGUGUCAUAGACGAAGAGACUUUAAAAUAAGCUAAAAACCUCAUUGAAAGCUUGACUGAGCACAUGUUUUAACAAUAUCGAUCAUUUACCAUCUAAUCAAGCUCUCAAAAUUAGGUCCAACAUUGAAUCAGGAAAAGAGCUUUUACCAUUCUUCUUCUCCAAGAUAGAGUCUCGCCAUGAAGCUUUAGGCAGGGAAGAUUUUUGAGACAAGGUAACUUCUGAAGACAUUCACAAAUACUUAAUGUUAACCUAAAUC